AUGAGCGGUGGUGUCUACGGCGGAGACGAGGUUGGUGCUAUAAUUUUCGACGUUGGACACCAGAGCCUACGCGUUGGUUAUGGCGGUGAGGACACGCCGAAGGCUGAAAUACCGACCAACCUUGGAGUAUGGGAGGACACCAUUGAAACGCCAGACGGCAAUCAGACCGUCAAGAAGCACUACAACAUCGAUGUCACGGCCAUUCAAGUACGAAAGAAGGAUAUGGAGAUAGUUAGCUUGAUGAAAGACGGCAUGAUCGAUGACUGGGACAUGUUCGAGCGUCUAACCGAGUACACCUACAAGCAACGUCUUCACGCUCUUCCGGAACACCACCCGAUCCUGAUGACCGAAUGUCCAUGGAACACCAGGUUGAAACGGGAGAAGCUGUUGGAACUGAUGUUCGAGAAAUUCAGCGUUCCGGCCAUGUACAUCUGCAAGAACGCUGUUUUAGCCGCAUACGCGAACGGCAGAUCGACGGCUAUGGUUGUCGACAGCGGUGCAACUCACACGAGCGCAGUUCCGGUGCACGACGGUUAUGUGAUCACUCAGGGAAUCGUGAAAAGUCCUUUGGGCGGUGACUUCAUCACGAUGCAAUGCAGGCAAUUCUUCGAGGAGAAGGAAAUCGAACUAUCGCCCGCCUGCUUGGUCGCCAGCAAAGAUGUGGUUCGUGAGAGAGACCCCCCACGAUGGACGAGAAGACCAGGUCCCCAGCCAACGUCCUCCUGGUUGAGCUACAUGGUUCGCGAACUCUUGCAAGACUUUCAAAUGAACUGUCUCCAAGUAUCCGAUAGCCCGUACGACGAAGACGUUGCCAAUACCUUGCCAAUGAAACACUACGAGUUUCCGACCGGAUACAACGACGAUUUCGGUUCGGUGAGACUGAUGAUUCCCGAAGCCCUGUUCGACCCCAGCAACGUGAAGGGUGUAGGCGCCAGCAUCCUCGGCGUUGGCCCACUGGUCACAACCAGCGUCGGCAUGUGCGACAUAGAUAUCAGACCCAGCCUGUACGGGAGCGUGGUUGUCACCGGUGGCAAUUCUUGUCUGCAGGGCUUCAGUGAAAGACUGAAUCGAGAUUUAGCGAGCAAAACACCUCCGAGUAUGAGACUGAAAAUAAUCAGCGCGAACAGUCCGAGCGAGCGUCGUUACGGCGCCUGGAUCGGAGGAUCGAUCCUCAGCUCCCUUGGAUCCUUCCAACAAAUGUGGUUGUCCCGACAGGAGUACGAGGAAUCGGGCAAACUGAUCCUAGAACGAUGCGCGUGAUCGCGUGCAAGCCAACAAUCAAAAGUUAUUCUUUCUAAUUGUUUUUUACAGAACGUCCAACGUGUGUAUGUGCCAUUUAUAGGAUGAUAGGGGACGUUGAUUUUUAACGUUAGGGCUUAGAACGAUAUUUAACCCUUCUUUGGAUUAUGGAUAAAAUUAUUUUGAAAUGUAUGGAGCCUUUUGAAUAUUGUAAAACAAAAUAACAAAUUACUUGAACUGAACAAUGGCCUAAACCGUCUAUGAAAUUGAACUUGAAAAUCCAAAGAAGGGUUACAAUCGUACGAUAGCUAGUACGAGACAAUACGAGCGACUGAUAUCAAAGGAUCUUGUGGUACGUUUAGGUUUAGACGGAAUUGAUUCGAUCAAUUCAAUUACCUAGUAUUAUUCUGAAAGUAUACUCGUGGAAGAUGCUUGUGUCGGCACGAAGUGAUAAUUAAAAACGUUUGAAUGCGAAACGAAGAAUCGAUGAGGUGCACUUUUGAAAAGACAGUUCCUAGCUACUCGAAUUACGCUUCCACUUGUAAUUUGCCGACCUUCGUUCGAGUAUCAGGUAAAAGAAUGCAAGAGAACAGCAAGAAAUUUGAAAAAGUAUUUUGCGUUUAUUUCUAACGUAGUCACAACAAAUGUUACAAUUUAUCCAAACAAUGAAUCGAUCCUGCUUGUGUUUCACGCUUCUUUACAUUCGUUGCGUUUGAAAAUAUAAAGAAAGAACAAAGAGGAAACUAAAAUACAAUAGAACAUAAUUGAGAAAAAUCGCGAAUCGCAACUAUACAAUUCGUUUCUUGAAAGCGUCACGAGCAGUUACAAUUCCACAACGACAAAUAUAUAUUAUGGCUUAGCAAACAAUAUUUAUAUAAUAAUAUUACAAUCAAUGUAGGAAACAGUAUUAUCGAUAUAUCACAUAUACAAUAUGUAUUUAGGAAAAGUCGAAUUAUUUUGUUAGAAAAAAGAAAAAGAAAAUGAAAGAAAGAAAGAU